CCUGUAACUGUCACCGUCAUUCGUUCGACUGUUUCUACGACCCUGAGGUCGAUCAGAGGAGAGCCAGCGUGGACGUCCACGGACACCACAGAGGAGGCGGAGUCUGCCUCAACUGUCAGCAUCACACCACCGGGGUCAACUGUGAGCGCUGCAUCCCCACCUACUACAGGUCACCUGACCACACCAUCGACUCCCCACUGGCCUGUUCACCCUGCGACUGUCGCUCAGACUUCACAGACGGAACCUGCGAGGAUCUGACCGGUCGCUGCUUCUGCAAACCAAACUACAGCGGAGAGAACUGUGCCUCCUGCGCCAGCGGCUUCAUCAACUUUCCAGACUGUUACCCCGUCCCCACGUAUCCCACCAACAACAACAACAACGGUGAAGCCAAACCAGCCGGAGAGAUCAUCAACUGUGAGUGCAGCGCCGCCGGCACCGUGGAUAACUCCUGCAGGCCCGACCCCCGAACUCGAACCUGCGUCUGUAAACACGGGUUCACCGGUGACCACUGUGACACGUGCGCUCUGGGUUUCCACGGACUCAACUGUCAGG